ACCAGGUGCGGCUAGGUCAAAGUGAUGCUCGAGAUUACUCGAAAUGUUCUAACCUUUGACUCCCGAAUAUAUACCCAAGGACGUCCCGACCACUGACGAGCAAUCUCUCUACUAACUGCGUACUACAACACAAAAAAGGCAGAGCCGGCGUCAGUUAUCAACAAGGAAUUUGAAGUCUUCGAAAAAUGUCUGAAAUAAAUCCAGAAGUGUUCAAAGUAUUUGGCUUUUGGAGUGGCAUUCUAGUUCUAAAGAUGCUGGCGAUGGUGCCGUUAACUGCACGACAACGAUUUCGAAAACACGUACUGGUAAGUCCAGAAGAUACUUUCUUCAACACUAAAGGCAAAGCUGUUUACAAUGAUCCAGAUGUGGAGCGUGUACGCAGAGCACACUUGAACGAUCUCGAGAAUGUUCUCCCUUGGUUCAUAAUCACGUACUUCUGGCUGGGAACAGGACCUUCGCCAUGGUUGGCCAAAACCUUGAUACAAACCUUUGUACUGUCUCGUAUAGGUCACACUCUGUCGUACGUAAUUUUUCAACAACAACCUCUGAGAGCGGCAACUUUUACUGUGGCACUUGGAGUUACAGGUUACGAAUUAUUUAAGACAUUAUUGUACUAUUAUUAAUUUUUACAUAAAUCGUGCAAUAAGCAUAUCUAUAGCUCUGUACGACAUAACAUUCUUUUAAUAUUUAAAGAUCAAAACAAUUUUCGUUAUGUACAUAUCUAC